AAGAAUCCACGCGGCUGCGUUUGUUCUCGAGCGUGACGAGAGAGAGAGAGAGAUAGACGCGAAGAAAAGUUACGGACUGUACGUGCGCGUACUUCAUGGCGGAAGACGGAGCGACGGAUGCAACGAGUUCGCGCGCAAAGUUGCACUUUGCAAAGUGAAAGAGAGACGUCGUGUUUCGCGCGUAAUCUUCGUUUCUCGAUACUCGGUGAACGAACGGGACGAGAGAGAGAGAGAAAGAAGAAGCGGGGAAAGACGGGGAAGUCAGUCGAAUCGAGCCGCGCCCGCCACGGGGCUGAAACUCCACAAACGCUACAAUGUGCUGUGUGUGUGAUGUACGGUGCAGUGUGUUGGUGCUAACUUAGUGAUAACGACGAUAUAUAUAUAUAUAUAUAUAUAUACAUAUAUAUAUAUGUAUAUAUAUAUCCCCUCCUCCGCCGCAACCGGCGUGUAACGUACAAACUAGUCGCCGUAUUAUCUCGCCCGCCGGGAUUGCCGCCGGAAAGAUAAGGACGGAGACCGGCAAGGAAAUUCCUUUAAGGAUCCUCUUAGCAAAUCAGACCAGGAUUACCUAUGAUCCCGCUGGGCAUCGCGAGGACGACGGAAAAGGCAGAGAGGCGCUUUUGGCAGCGUUCCUAAUCUUCCUGCCUGGCCUGCCUCCCGUUUUCUUCUCUCUUUCUCUCUCUCUCUUUAUUCCGUUUUCCACCCCUUCUUCCUCCUCCAUCUCCACCUGGCGUUCCUCUUUGCCGAGAGGUCGUGGACGCAUCGAGACCUCACGUCGGAUCACACUAUGGACAUGAGCAGCGAGUCGAGCACCGCUAGAUGGUACGAGCCGCCUAGGUCGUCGCUGGAGCCGCCUUCGGGGGGCGCCGGGGUAGCCGGGGUGGUCGGCAACCCCGGCGACUACAGGGGUUACUACCCCCACGCCGGACCGACGGCGCAUCACCCCGCGGCCCACUACGCCCACACAAGGAUGUCGAGCAGCGGCGUGUCGAGCGGUCCGGUGAGCCAGGUCUGCCGGCCGCACUUUCACAGCUCGGUUCUCCACCCGUGGCUGUCCGGCAGCAGCGCGGACACCUCGAAGACGCCCUGGGGAUUCCCCGCGACGACGGCGACCACGGGCGGCGCCGUGAGCGACGAGAAGCCGCAGAGUCCGCUGGGAUCCUCGCUGCCGCCCACCAGUGGAAGUUUGUCGAGUCACGGUGGCGGCGGCGCCGGCCACCAUCUCUUCUCCUUCCCGCCAACGCCGCCCAAGGACGCUACGCCCGACAGCAUAACCGCCAGCACAACCUCCAGCACAAACAACAACAACAACAACUCGACGAGCGCCAACAACAACAAUAACAACAGCGGCAAUCCUCUCUCCGGGCUGGGCGGCGGAGCCGCGAGCGAGUACCAGGCGGCGGUCGCACACGCGGCGGUGAUGGGCGCGUUCAUGCAUCACCAGGACGCGCUAGGCGCGUCCGGCGCCGGCUCGUGCGACAUCAAGCCGACGGUGAUGCUCGGCCAUCAUCACGGGGCGCCCUCGCCGCCGCAUCAGCAGCACAACGGUUCCAACAACGGCGGCAACGGUCCCGGCACCAACGGCUCGUCCGCCGGCCAGGUGAAGCAGCGAGAAGGUAAUAACCAAUCCGGCAAUGUGACGGGCAGCCAACAGGCGAGCACCACGCAGCAACAACAGCAGCAGGACGCGUAUCAGAGCAACAACGGCGUGCCGGCCGGUGGCGGUGGUGGUGGCGGUGCUGGAUCCUCUGGCAAUGGUAAUAGCGGUAGUAGCGGCGGCAGCGGUGGCGCGGUCUCGCCCUGCAGAGACAGUUACGCGGCUGCGGCCGCGGCCGCCGUCGCGGCCGCGAGCAACAGCCACCAUGCCUCUUCCGGUUCGCAAUACGACCCGGCCGCGAGCGCGUACAACAUGUACCAGCACUUGCAGUAUCCCGCCACCAGCCACCAUCACCAUCAUCAUCAUCACGGCGCCACCUCGGUGUCGUCCACGGCCGCGUCGUCCCACAAUCCGCACAACGGCGGUGCGGUCGCCGGUAUUUUCGGUCACCACGCCGCCGGUGCCGGUAACGCGGCCGGCGGUGGCCUGACCGGCGUCGCGGACUCGAAGCUGCUAGUCGGUCACGCGCACGGAAACACGCCGGGCUCGCCCUCCGCGCAGCAGCAGCAGCAGCAAAAGCCGAGGAACAAGUCGAGGACGUCCGCCGAGGGCCGCGAGUGCGUGAAUUGCGGCGCUACUUCGACACCGCUCUGGAGACGAGACGGCACAGGCCACUACCUCUGCAACGCCUGCGGCCUCUAUUACAAGAUGAACGGCCAGAAUCGACCUCUCAUCAAGCCGAAACGACGCCUGGUAAGUACCUAA